AUGUUUAGAGAUCGAACUAAGCUAUUCUUAUCUUACCGUCGAACAAUUUUUCGAGAUCCACCCCAUAGGAAACCAUUUCGAGACGACGCACAGGACGACGAUAACGAUACCGAUAGUCUAUUUGAUUCAGAACAAGACAAUCUCAUCAUUUCGUCGCGGAAGCGUCAGCAGCAGAGAUCAUCAAAUGUAUUUUCGCAACUGCAUAGACCAGGUGAUAAUGGAAAAGAAGAUAUCGAAAUGAAGCCCAUAAUCCCCACUCAAUUUGAAAUUGCUAAAGACUUGGACAUUUGCCUCACGGUAAUCGAUAAACAAACUCAAGAGUUAAAUUCGUUAUACAAGCAACUUAUAAUAAUCAACAAAUCGUCCAAAAAACAAGUCGAGAAUCAAAUUGAAGAAUAUAGUUAUCAAAUUUUACAAAAUUUUGAAAAAUGUUAUAUUGGAAUCAAGAAAUUUGAAUAUUUAACCAAGAAUCAUGAACGAUUACAGGUUAAUUAUACUGCUCAAGACUUAAACAUCUUGACCAAUAUGAAGAAAAAUUAUGCCAAUAAGAUCCAACAACAUUUGUUGGUGUUUCGAAAUUUACAAAAUAAUUAUAUGAAUUUUCUACGUGAUGAUGAUGAUGAGUUUGAUUUAUUAAUUAAUGAAAAACGUAAUCAACGAGGAUUGAAAAACGAACAGCUUACCGGUGAGAACAUUGAAGAAUUGAGUAAAGAAAUUGUUGCAUCCACUCAACAACCACAUCACCAGCAACAAACCCAAGUUCAAUUGCAACAGAAUACCAAUGAUCAAUAUUUGGAACAACGUGAACAAGAGAUCAAUAAAUUAGCAAUGGGAAUCUUGGAAAUAUCAACCAUGUUUAAAGAAAUGGAAAGCAUGGUGAUUGAUCAGGGAACAAUGUUGGAUAGAAUUGAUUAUAACUUGACAAAUACAGUACAUGACUUGAAAUCUUCAGAUAAAGAGUUGAUAAAAGCCAGGACGUAUCAGAAAAGAACCACCAAAUGUAAAAUUAUAUUUUUUAUGGUGUUGUGUGUGUUUGCAUUAUUGAUGAUUUUGAUGUUGCGACCUGGAGGUAGUCAUCGUACUGAGAAAAUUAUUGAAAAGCCACAAGAACCUUCCAAGGGUGGUGAGGACUCGACCUCUAAGCUGCCAGUUGAAGUCAAUCAUCCAGAUUCUCCGGUGGAUGGAUCGAAGCCAAUUGAUAUUGAUGGGGUAAUCUGA